AUGGCGCGUACAGGACGACUGUUGCUGGUUGCGGGAGCUUUGCUCCUGGGCCUCCGCUACUGCUUCGUGCCCAGCCCACAGCAACAGCCUCGAAGCGACUUCAACCCAGCAGUGGCCGCCUCUGCGGCUCUGCCGGCAUUGACGAUGCUCGCUGAGGAUGCUGAGGCCAAGUAUGGAGAUCAGCGAAAGUUUGCCGCAGUCUUGGUGCCUUUGACAACUCUCGUGUUCCCGGCCGUUGCCAUGGGCAUGUUCGUCCUCUAUUCUUUUCAGGAUGAUGCCUUCUGGCGCGUGGUGCCCGGCACGAAGCGUGCACAGGAGAUGGAAGAUGCCUGGAGGGAGCAUCCUCUCUUCGCCAACUCCCAGGAUCCUUUCGAUGGCCUGGUCAACCCCGAUGAUUACGAGAAGGGCCUGGAGGAGGCCUGGGAGCGCGCGAAGCCAGCUGGAAGCACUGUGACCGUGAAGGACAAGCUCCUGGGCCGCUUGAGCUCCUACGAGCCAGCACAGCCUUGGUUUUUAGACCUGACGCUGAUGUUUCAGAUGGAAGUGCAGGACGGGAUUGUGCUCAAUGGUUGGCUUUGCCCUGUGGAUCCAAAGGUUCUGUUCGAGGCUGAUGCUAUCGAGCAUGAGGUCACAGAAAACAGGAGUACUGGCAACUUUCCGGAGGGCUAUCGCUGUGCCUUCACAUGCUGGUACUGGGAAGGAAAAGCUCCGCACGUGGACAGUUCUGCUCGCAUGCAGAUUGGCAGUCUAACGUAA